AUGAUUGAAAAUAAAAAUAAAGAAAGAUUAAGUAGGGCUUCCAAGAAAGUACCAGAAAUUUCCAACAGGCACUUGAAGCUGAAGGAAAGAGAAAGUAUUGAAAAAAUUAAUGAACCAGAUACAGAAAGCGAAUCAGAAAAGAAAAGCAAUAAAGGUUAUAAUUAUGGUAAUCCAAGUUUUGAUAACGAAGAUUAUAACAGGAAUAAUGAUAAGCCAAGUCUUGAUAACAAAGAUUAUGAUGAAGAAGAUAAUAAAGGAGAUAUAGAAAUUAAAAGUAAUUGUUCAAAAACAAGUGAAAUUUCGUCAUAUAUUUCUAAAGAGAAUGAUGAAUUGAUGGAUGAUAAUAAAAAAUUUGAGAAAUCUGAGAUAACAAAAAUGAGCAACGAAAGAGCUGAAGAAUUACAAUAUAGAAAUACUUAUUUUCAAAAUAAAAAAGAAAAGGAAUUAUAUGCUGAUAUUUUUGAUGGACUAUGA